AUGAGCGCUGACGGUACAGGAACUCCUCCUCCCUAUGCACUCCCAGAUGAGGGCAAAGUUGACGCUGUCAAGCCUUACCACGUGCACACUCCUUUUACCCCCCCUGCCUCCGCUGUCGAUGGCAACAUCUCCCAAACCCAGGCAAAACAAGCCCACUCCCAAAGCAGUGUUCAGACAAACAAGUUUGUCAGCUAUGAGACAGAACUGGGUCGUAACCCUGGCAUGACCACAUGUGUAACCUGCCAGCAGCAGGUCUUGACCAACGUCCAGUACAAAGUGGGCGCCUACGCUUGGCUCAUGUGCAUCCUCUUCAUCCUGUGCGGGCUGGUGAUUGGCUGCUGUCUCAUCCCAUUCUUUGUCAAAUUCUUCAAGGACGUUUACCACACAUGCCCCAGGUGCAACCAGGUGCUCCACGUGGAGAAGAAAAGUUGUUGUUGA